AAAAUUGAAAAAAAUCACUAUGGAACAAAUAAAUAACUCUGAUGAAGUGUUAAAUACUGUAAGAUCGAUUGUUUAUCAUUUAAAUGAUGUCAACUUGGCUAAGAUGACACCAAAAAUGAUAGCUUUGCCAAUAAAUAAUGUUAAACUACUCGAAGAAAUAACAGAUAUAAUAUUUGAUCGAGCUUUAAAAAGACAAAAUUAUACACAUGUAUAUGCCCAGAUAUGUGCAUGUAUGAUAAAUGACUCCAAGUUUAAUAAACUUGCUACAGAUACUAAAACUACAUUUCAAAAAGUUCUAUUAGAAAAAUGUUAUGAUGUAUUUUAUACAGAGUAUCAACAAGAAUUAAACAAAUUAAAAGAGAAGAUGAAAAAAAAUAGUAUGGUACCAAAGAGGUGUAUAUCCACUUUAAAUAAUUUUCAAUUCGAUUUUAAUAAAAAAUCCAUAUGCAAUUGCAGAUUUAUUGGCGAACUCUUUAGAAUGGGUGCUUUUCCAAAAAAAGUUAUUUUGUCGUGCAUUACAGAUUUAAGUAAAGAAAAUGAAAAUAAUGAACUACAAAUUCAUUGUUUAUGUACAAUACUACAAUUAGUUGGACCAAUAUUAUCAAAAACAUAUGAUUUGAGCAUACCAGUUAAUAAGCUUGUAUCCUCAUUAAAUAACCAUGGCAUGUCAUCGACACUAAAAUGUUUAAUACAUCAAGUAAAACGAAUGCAUUCCGAGGGUUGGAAGAAUGAGGAGCCUGUCAAGUUUAUAGAAAACAAUUAUACUGAAUUUUUUAAUUUACCAAAACAUAUGAAAAGUGUGUAUAAAUUAAAAUCAAAUAUGAUAAUGGCAGAAUGGAUUUAUGAUGAAUGUUAUGAUGUUCUUUUCAAUUUUGUCAACAAGAAUAAAAUUGAUGAAGUUAUACAGUUAUUAAAAUUUAGUAAUACUUGGAUUUUCUACGAUCCAGUAUUGUUUGUUAUUUCAAUAAUACUCGUAGCUCUUGAAGAAAAUCAAAAUGUAAGAAUUCAUGCUGGAAAACUUUUAAAUAAUCUUAAUAAAAAAAAAAAGUUAUCAACACGUUCAAUUCAAUUAGGAGUCAACAAAGUAUUAAAUGAUUCGGGCACUAAGAAAGAGUAUCCAAAUUUGUCAAACUUAGUUUCAGAUAUAACUGGUCAGUCUAAACAUUAAAGUUCAGUAAUGCCUGUUGAAUUUAAAUUUAAAUUAAUUACAUAAUAUUAUCUUGUAGAAUUUUGUAUUAAAUAAUGUUUUUUGUUGAAUUA